AUCGUCCAUGGAGCAGCAUCAUUCAUUACCUUGGCUACCACUCUACUCGGCCGACUUCCGAUGCAGUCCAACUCCUCAUCCUUAGCCCCGAUGGCGUGUCUGCUUGCGCCGAGCAAGUUCCAAUAGAAUGCCCCGACUGGAUAACGGUAUCGGAGUUCUAGCUCGGGCAGCUGUUGUCAAGAGCUAUAAAUUGUCUCAAUGGACCCUUGGGCUUUAUUACCGCCCAUUCCUCCUUCCCGUCCUGGUGACUGCAGCUCGUUGAACCAUGCGAUCGCUCACGCCUCGGGGCUUCCCCACAUCUCCCCGCGCGCUUCAUUGCCGGCCCAGCGGUAUUACACGCCGCCCGAUCUUCCCUCUUCCACAGACGGCUCGUUGGAAUAGCUCCAAGACGGAACAUGGAGGUAAUGGCAAUGACAAUGGGAGCAGGAACACGGCCGGUGCUGAGUCUUCAGCCACGUCAGCGGGCUUUGGGACAUUGGGCAGGACCCUUCUUGCGUCCGCUGUGGCUGCGGGCGUCGGCUAUACCUAUGCCGCCACGAGCCGACCGUCUCAGUCGGAGACUCCCAAACAGCCUCAAUACGGCUCUACAAAGGACUUUGAGAAGGCUAUUGCCGAAUUACGGGCCACGCUGGGCGACGAUGCCGUGAGCACCGACAACGACGAUCUCCAGCAACAUGGAUUCUCGGAGUGGUCCAGCGUCAAUGCCGACCGUCUGCCGGUUGCGAUUGCCUACCCAACCAGCACGGAGGACGUCUCGAAGAUCGCCAAGAUCUGUCACACUUACAAGAUGCCGAUGGUUCCCUACUCGGGCGGUUCUAGUCUGGAAGCCAAUUUCUCGGCGCCGCACGGUGGCUUGACCAUCGACUUUGCCCUGAUGAACAAGAUUCUGGAGCUGCACGAGGCGGACAUGGAUAUUGUGGUCCAGCCGUCGAUCCAGUGGAUGGAUCUGAACGAGAAGCUCAAGGACACUGGCCUUUUCUUCCCGGUUGACCCUGGGCCAUCCGCAAUGAUUGGCGGUAUGAUUGGGACAAACUGCAGUGGGACAAACGCUGUCAGAUAUGGGACGAUGAAGGACUGGGUGAUCAACCUGACUGUCGUCCUAGCGGACGGUAGCGUCAUCAAGACGCGCAGACGCCCACGAAAAACCUCAGCGGGAUACAACCUCACGGGCAUGUUUGUCGGCUCGGAGGGAACGCUGGGGAUUGUGACGGAGGCCACUCUCAAGUUGACCCCCAUCCCGGAGCAGACUCGUGUCGGCGUGGUUACCUUUCCGACGUUGCGCGACGCCGCGUCGACCGCCGAGCAAGUGGUCCGGAGAGGUAUCCAUGUACAGUGUAUGGAGAUCAUGGAUGAGGUUCAGAUGGAUGUCAUCAACCGAGCUGGAGGCACUGGGCGCACGUGGAAGACCGUGCCCACGCUCUUCUUCAAGUUCUCCGGCACCAAAGCCGGCGUCGCCGAUAGUAUUGACCUGACCACCCAGAUCUCCAAGAAGAACAGCGCGAGCUCUUUCGAAUUCGCGCGAGACGAGCGGGAAGCACAUGAUCUAUGGUCUGCACGGAAGCAAUCGCUGUGGAGCAUGUUGGCGCUGCGAGAGAAAGGUUCGGAAGUAUGGUCAACAGACGUGUCCGUACCCAUAUCCAGGCUGCCAGACAUCAUCGAAAUAUCGAAGAAGGAACUCGACAACCUUGGGAUUUUCGCGAGUAUCCUGGGACACAUCGGCGACGGCAACUUCCACGCAUGCAUCCUAUACGACCGCACCGACCCGGAGGAGAAAGCGCGUGUUGACAAGGCCGUCUACGACAUGGUAGAUCGAGCCCUAGAGAUGGAGGGCUCCUGCACGGUAAUAUACGCAUCCUGAACCCGUUUCCUAAACAUGACUAACUGGAGUAGGGAGAGCACGGCAUUGGACUGGGGAAGAAAAGCUCCCUGCAGAAGGAACUGGGCCCCGCGACAAUCGACGUGAUGCGGUCCUUGAAGAAGUCGCUGGAUCCUCACUGGCUGCUGAACCCGGG